CGGUGUCGCCGGGCGGGCUUUCAGUGGCGGCGUGGGAGCCGGAGGAGGAGGAGCAGCGUCCCCUCAACAGCCUCAGCCUCAGCCUCAUCAGCCAUGGUGCUGGAGUCGGUGGUGGCCGACCUCCUCAACCGCUUCCUGGGCGGCUACGUGGAGAACCUGAACAAGUCCCAGCUCAAGCUGGGCAUCUGGGGCGGUAACGUGGCGCUUGAGAACUUACUCAUCAAAGAGAAUGCACUGAGUGAAUUGGACGUACCUUUCCGUGUAAAGGCUGGGCAGAUAGACAAGCUCACCCUGAAGAUCCCUUGGAAGAAUUUAUAUGGCGAAGCCGUCGUUGCGACCCUAGAAGGCUUAUACCUCCUCGUUGUUCCCGGGGCAAGCAUAAAAUAUGACGCCGAAAAAGAAGAAAAGUACCUGCAGGACAAUAAGCAGAAGGAGCUGGCAAGGAUCGAGGAUGCCUUGCGCAAAGCAGCUGAAAAGGGUGACCAUUCCGAUUUCAUUUAUGGCCUGGAGAACAUAGUGUACAAGGAGGCCAAGCCUGGACGUAAGUCUAAAAAGGCUAAAAAACGCUUUAAGAAACCCUUCAAAGGCCACGAUCACGCCAAAGAUAAACCGAAGGAAGAGAAGAAAGACACCUUUCUGGAGAAGCUGGCGACGCAGGUCAUCAAAAACGUCCAGGUCAAAAUCACCAGCAUCCACGUCAAGUACGAGGACGACAUUACGGAUCCCAGCCGUCCGCUUUCGUUUGGAAUGACUCUGGGAGAGCUCAGCUUAUUGACUGCGAAUGAACACUGGACUCCUUGCAUCCUAAAUGAAGCUGCAAAGAUCAUAUACAAGCUUUUGCGACUUGAUGCGCUCAGCGUCUACUGGAACGUGGACAGCGAAAUGUAUUAUCAUGCUUCCCGAGAAGAGAUCCUGGAGCGGUUGAAAAAAGGAGUCCCUUCUCCCAGCCAAAAGCUGCCAAAUGAUCAGUAUAUCUUCAAGCCGGUCUCGGCCUCCGCCAAGCUCUACCUGAAUCCUCACGCCGAGACGGAGCUGCAGACGCCCAAGAUGGACUGGAGCAUGGAAGUCCAGAGCAUUGCCAUCGAACUGACCAAGCCCCAGGUGAGCCUCUGCGUGACGUUUAGGAGCCGUGCUCAAGCUUUUCCCUUGGGAAUGUGGAAAUACGCAGGGAACAGUAUCCUAGAGGUCCAUAUCAGGCGAUGCUCCCGCAUGUGGUCGUGGAGCAACAUCAGGCACCACCGGCAACUUCUGAGAAAUUACAAAAACGCUUACAAAAAUAGGCUGACGCAGACCAAAGUGUCAGAAGAAACCCAGAAACAGCUCCAGGACCUAGAAAAAGGCCUAGAUGUCUUCAACAUUAUCUUGGCGCGGCAGCAAGCCCAGACCGAGGUGAUCAGAUCAGGGCAGAAGCUGCUGAGGAAGAAAUCGGCCGAUGGAGAGAAGAAAGGCGGCGGUUGGUUCAGCGGACUUUGGGGGCGGAAGGACUCCAAGAAGAAAGACGACGAGGAAGAGCCCUCCGUUCCGGAAACCAUCGACGACCUCAUGACACCCGAAGAGAAGGCCAAGCUUUUCACUGCCAUCGGUUACAGUGACAGCUCUCACAAUUUGGCUUUGCCUAAGCAGUACGUGGCUCACGUGAUGUCUUUGAAACUCCUGAGCACCUCCUUCACCAUCAAAGAAGACAGGAACGUCCCCGACACCCUGAAGAUCCAGAUCAUCGACUUGAGCACCACAAUUUCCCAGAGACCUGGAGCCCAAGCCCUGAAGGUGGAAGCCAAGCUGGAGCAUUGGUACGUGACGGGCCUGAAGCAGAAGGAGGUGGUGCCUUCCCUCGUGGCCUCCAUUGGAGACACCCGCUCCUCUCUGCUCAAGAUCGCCUUUGAGACCAAUCCGGAAGGGAGCUCUGCCGAUCAGAGCCUCUCCGUGGAGUCGCAGCCUGUGGAAAUCAUAUACGAUGCAAGGACGAUCAAUGCACUGGUGGACUUCUUCCGGACAAACAAAGGCAUGGACCUGGAGCGCUUGACCACGGCCACGCUAUCGAAGCUGGAAGAGAUCAAAGAGCGGACGGCCACAGGACUCACGCACAUCAUUGAGACGCGCAAAGUCCUUGACCUGAGGAUCAACCUGAAACCGUCCUACCUCCUGGUUCCGCAGACGGGCUUCCAUUACGACACAUCCAACCUCCUCAUUUUGGAUUUUGGCGCUUUUCAGCUGAACAGCAUCCAUCAAGGUGGCAACCAGGCUCCGGGAACAUCGCUGGAAGAAAUUAUGGACCAGGCCUAUGACAAGUUUGACGUGGAAAUCAAGAACGUUCAAUUGCUUUUUGGCAGAUCGGGAGAAGACUGGAAGAAGGCAAGGUUGGAGCACCCGUCAGCGCUGCACAUCUUGCGCCCCAUGGACAUCCGCGUCCAGCUGGCCAAGUCCAUGGUGGAGAAGGACAUCAGGAUGCCCAAGUUCAAAGUCUGUGGGGAGCUGCCCCUGGUCCACCUGGGAAUCUCUGACCGGAAGAUCCAGGGCGUCUUCCAGCUCCUGGAGAGCAUCCCUUUCCCCCAGAAGUCGGCUGCAACUUCGGCCCCGAGCACCAUAAAAGGGCCUGCCAUUCCUGUUGUUACCGAUACACGGAAGGCUUUCCUUGGGACGCCUCUGUUGCUGGAAGGAGUGGCAUCAGAAUCCGAUGAUGAAUAUUUUGAUGCCGACGAAGAGAGUGGCGCAAAUCAGAGCGUGAAGCCCGUCAAGGCCGAGGCUGCGCCCAAGCACGAGGAGCUCACCGACCUCCAGCUCAAGUUCGAAAUUCGGGAGGUGGUGCUGGAGCUGACCAAACAGCUGCAGCGGGAGGAGAAGGUGCUUGUGUUCAGCGUCCGGCAGCUGGGCCUGGAGGCCGUGCUUAGGACCUAUGACUUGAGGGCCGUCUCUUACUUGAGGAAAAUCAGCCUGGAUUAUUACGAAACCCAAGGGAAAAGGCAGCAGCUGCAUUUAAUCAGCUCUUCGGAUAAGCCUGGAUUAGACCUCCUGAAAGUGGAAUACACCAAGGCUGAUGUGAAUGGUCCAAAGUUUCAGACAACGUUUGACAACACAGAACAAACAGUCCAGGUGGCGUUUUCCUCCUUGAACCUGCUCUUGCACACGCAGGCCUUGCUCUCCACCAUCAAUUACCUGCUGGCUGUCCUCCCGGCCAAGAAGCAGGACCCUCUGCAUCCGGGGGUCUCCCAGGCACAGGGAGGGAAGCCCGGCAAAGAGGCCCCGGUGUCCAAGAAAGCGGCCAAACCCAGCAAAGACAAGGACGUGUUUGACUUCAAGUUCUUUGCCAAGUUGGACGCCUUCUGCAUCAGCGUCUGCGACGAGAAGAACAAUAUCGCCGACAUCCGGGUUCAAGGUCUGAACUCCUCUCUGUUCCUCCAGUCGAGCCAAACCACGCUCUUUGCGCGGCUGAAGGAUAUCGUUGUGACAGACGUCGAUUCCAAGACGGUUCAUAAAAAGGCAGUUUCCAUCGUUGGCGACGAAGUCUUCAGUUUCAACUUGGCCUUGUAUCCGGAGGCGACGGAAGGCGACGCCUAUUCGGACAUGUCCAAAGUGGACGGGAUGGUCUCCCUCAAAGUGGGCUGCAUCCAGAUCAUCUAUCUCCACAAAUUCCUCAUGUCCCUCCUGAACUUUCUGGACAGUUUCCAGGUGGCCAAAGAGGCCUUGAGCGCGGCCACGGAGAAGGCGGCUGAGAGAGCGGCCACCAGCGUGAGGGACCUGGCCCAGCGGAGCUUCCGUCUCGCCAUGGACAUCAACCUUAAAGCCCCAGUGAUCUUCGUCCCGCAGUCCUCGGUCUCCUUUAAUGCGGUGGUGGUGGACCUUGGGCUGAUUAAGGUCCAGAACAAGUUCAGUUUGGUUCCAGCCAAGGACUGCCCGCUCCCUCCGGUCGUGGACAGAAUGGAGGUCCAGCUGACGCAGCUGAAGAUGGCCAGGACGAUCUUGCAGCCGGGUUUUUCGCAGCCCGACAUUCCGAUCCUGCACCCGAUCAACCUGAAUCUCUCCGUGAAUCGCAACCUGGCCGGAUCCUGGUAUCACAGGAUACCUAUGAUGGAAGUCAAGGGCUACCUGGACGUGAUGGAUGUUGUCUUGAAUCAGGAAGACCUGAAUGUCUUGCUGAAAAUACUGACAGAAAACCUUGCCGAAGCAGAUAAAACGAUGGGAGGCACGGAGCCAGGCGCACCAACGAAAGAAUUUCCCAGCAGCCCCAAAGGACUGUCUGCCCCUCCCCAGAAGGACGCCCCAUUGAACAGGGCAUUGGCGACAUCCAAAGAAACCACGCCGGAAGAUGUGACCAACAUGCUGCUCAACUUUGAAAUCAAAAAGGUGAUCAGAUCAGGGCAGAAGCUGCUGAGGAAGAAAUCGGCCGAUGGAGAGAAGAAAGGCGGCGGUUGGUUCAGCGGACUUUGGGGGCGGAAGGACUCCAAGAAGAAAGACGACGAGGAAGAGCCCUCCGUUCCGGAAACCAUCGACGACCUCAUGACACCCGAAGAGAAGGCCAAGCUUUUCACUGCCAUCGGUUACAGUGACAGCUCUCACAAUUUGGCUUUGCCUAAGCAGUACGUGGCUCACGUGAUGUCUUUGAAACUCCUGAGCACCUCCUUCACCAUCAAAGAAGACAGGAACGUCCCCGACACCCUGAAGAUCCAGAUCAUCGACUUGAGCACCACAAUUUCCCAGAGACCUGGAGCCCAAGCCCUGAAGGUGGAAGCCAAGCUGGAGCAUUGGUACGUGACGGGCCUGAAGCAGAAGGAGGUGGUGCCUUCCCUCGUGGCCUCCAUUGGAGACACCCGCUCCUCUCUGCUCAAGAUCGCCUUUGAGACCAAUCCGGAAGGGAGCUCUGCCGAUCAGAGCCUCUCCGUGGAGUCGCAGCCUGUGGAAAUCAUAUACGAUGCAAGGACGAUCAAUGCACUGGUGGACUUCUUCCGGACAAACAAAGGCAUGGACCUGGAGCGCUUGACCACGGCCACGCUAUCGAAGCUGGAAGAGAUCAAAGAGCGGACGGCCACAGGACUCACGCACAUCAUUGAGACGCGCAAAGUCCUUGACCUGAGGAUCAACCUGAAACCGUCCUACCUCCUGGUUCCGCAGACGGGCUUCCAUUACGACACAUCCAACCUCCUCAUUUUGGAUUUUGGCGCUUUUCAGCUGAACAGCAUCCAUCAAGGUGGCAACCAGGCUCCGGGAACAUCGCUGGAAGAAAUUAUGGACCAGGCCUAUGACAAGUUUGACGUGGAAAUCAAGAACGUUCAAUUGCUUUUUGGCAGAUCGGGAGAAGACUGGAAGAAGGCAAGGUUGGAGCACCCGUCAGCGCUGCACAUCUUGCGCCCCAUGGACAUCCGCGUCCAGCUGGCCAAGUCCAUGGUGGAGAAGGACAUCAGGAUGCCCAAGUUCAAAGUCUGUGGGGAGCUGCCCCUGGUCCACCUGGGAAUCUCUGACCGGAAGAUCCAGGGCGUCUUCCAGCUCCUGGAGAGCAUCCCUUUCCCCCAGAAGUCGGCUGCAACUUCGGCCCCGAGCACCAUAAAAGGGCCUGCCAUUCCUGUUGUUACCGAUACACGGAAGGCUUUCCUUGGGACGCCUCUGUUGCUGGAAGGAGUGGCAUCAGAAUCCGAUGAUGAAUAUUUUGAUGCCGACGAAGAGAGUGGCGCAAAUCAGAGCGUGAAGCCCGUCAAGGCCGAGGCUGCGCCCAAGCACGAGGAGCUCACCGACCUCCAGCUCAAGUUCGAAAUUCGGGAGGUGGUGCUGGAGCUGACCAAACAGCUGCAGCGGGAGGAGAAGGUGCUUGUGUUCAGCGUCCGGCAGCUGGGCCUGGAGGCCGUGCUUAGGACCUAUGACUUGAGGGCCGUCUCUUACUUGAGGAAAAUCAGCCUGGAUUAUUACGAAACCCAAGGGAAAAGGCAGCAGCUGCAUUUAAUCAGCUCUUCGGAUAAGCCUGGAUUAGACCUCCUGAAAGUGGAAUACACCAAGGCUGAUGUGAAUGGUCCAAAGUUUCAGACAACGUUUGACAACACAGAACAAACAGUCCAGGUGGCGUUUUCCUCCUUGAACCUGCUCUUGCACACGCAGGCCUUGCUCUCCACCAUCAAUUACCUGCUGGCUGUCCUCCCGGCCAAGAAGCAGGACCCUCUGCAUCCGGGGGUCUCCCAGGCACAGGGAGGGAAGCCCGGCAAAGAGGCCCCGGUGUCCAAGAAAGCGGCCAAACCCAGCAAAGACAAGGACGUGUUUGACUUCAAGUUCUUUGCCAAGUUGGACGCCUUCUGCAUCAGCGUCUGCGACGAGAAGAACAAUAUCGCCGACAUCCGGGUUCAAGGUCUGAACUCCUCUCUGUUCCUCCAGUCGAGCCAAACCACGCUCUUUGCGCGGCUGAAGGAUAUCGUUGUGACAGACGUCGAUUCCAAGACGGUUCAUAAAAAGGCAGUUUCCAUCGUUGGCGACGAAGUCUUCAGUUUCAACUUGGCCUUGUAUCCGGAGGCGACGGAAGGCGACGCCUAUUCGGACAUGUCCAAAGUGGACGGGAUGGUCUCCCUCAAAGUGGGCUGCAUCCAGAUCAUCUAUCUCCACAAAUUCCUCAUGUCCCUCCUGAACUUUCUGGACAGUUUCCAGGUGGCCAAAGAGGCCUUGAGCGCGGCCACGGAGAAGGCGGCUGAGAGAGCGGCCACCAGCGUGAGGGACCUGGCCCAGCGGAGCUUCCGUCUCGCCAUGGACAUCAACCUUAAAGCCCCAGUGAUCUUCGUCCCGCAGUCCUCGGUCUCCUUUAAUGCGGUGGUGGUGGACCUUGGGCUGAUUAAGGUCCAGAACAAGUUCAGUUUGGUUCCAGCCAAGGACUGCCCGCUCCCUCCGGUCGUGGACAGAAUGGAGGUCCAGCUGACGCAGCUGAAGAUGGCCAGGACGAUCUUGCAGCCGGGUUUUUCGCAGCCCGACAUUCCGAUCCUGCACCCGAUCAACCUGAAUCUCUCCGUGAAUCGCAACCUGGCCGGAUCCUGGUAUCACAGGAUACCUAUGAUGGAAGUCAAGGGCUACCUGGACGUGAUGGAUGUUGUCUUGAAUCAGGAAGACCUGAAUGUCUUGCUGAAAAUACUGACAGAAAACCUUGCCGAAGCAGAUAAAACGAUGGGAGGCACGGAGCCAGGCGCACCAACGAAAGAAUUUCCCAGCAGCCCCAAAGGACUGUCUGCCCCUCCCCAGAAGGACGCCCCAUUGAACAGGGCAUUGGCGACAUCCAAAGAAACCACGCCGGAAGAUGUGACCAACAUGCUGCUCAACUUUGAAAUCAAAAAGGUUGUAAUCACGUUAACCAAACGGGCCGAGCAGCGGAGCUUGCCCUUGCACCAGCUGACCAUCCUUCAGCUUGGGACAGAAGGCAGGAUUAAAAGCCAUGACCUGACGGCCACAGCGUACCUUAAGAAGAUCGACAUGAAGUGCCUUGAAUUCACAGAUUCGAAAGGAAAUCCCUUGAACAUCGUCAGUUCUUCAGACGACUCUGGCAAGCAUCUUUUGAAGAUGGAAUACAUCAAGGCGGAUGCCGACGGGCCCCAUUUUGAAACAGUCUACAAAAACACCAAGCAAGUCUUAGACGUCUCCUUUUCAUCUCUGGACCUGCUGCUCCACAUGGAUGCCUUGCUCUCCAUCAUGAACUUCUUCUUGUACGCCUCCAGCGGCUUCGCAGCGACAGAGAAGGGGACGGGGACAAAGCUUCCCUCGGAGGAGCCCCUUAGAACAGUCCUCGCCAAAACAGCCCCUGUCCCUGCUGCCCUGGACAACGUGUUCGACCUGAAGCUCAUGGCCCGAUUGAGCGCUUUCAACAUUUGGGUCUGCGACCAACAAGGAGACAUUGCAGACAUGCGGAUACAAGGGAUGGAGGCCUCUGUCUUCACUAUGCCCAAGCAGACCGAAGUGUUUGCCAGGCUCCGGGACUUUGUCGUCAUCAACGUCGACCCCAAGGCGGUUCACAAAAAGACGGUCUCGAUUGUGGGAGACGAAGUCUUCCGCUUCGCCCUGUCCCUUUACCCAGAAGCCACUGCGGGAGAUGCCUACACGGACAUGUCCAAGGUGGACAGCCGAAUGUCGUUGAAAGUGGGCUGCAUCCAGAUCGUGUACCUGCACCAAUUCUUUAUGUCACUGCUGAACUUCCUGAACCACUUCCAAGCUGCCAAGGAGGCUCUGAGCACGGCCACCGCUCAAGCCGCCGAACGGGCCGCCUCCAGUAUGAAGGACUUUGCCCAGAAGAGCUUCCGCCUUUCCAUGGAGGUCAACCUGAAGGCGCCCGUGAUCGUGAUCCCGCAGUCGUCCGUCUCACGCAACGCCUUAGUGGCCGACCUGGGCCUCAUCACCGUCCAGAACGCCUUCCGCCUGGUCCCAGGAGACACGGCAACGCACCCGCCCAUCAUCGACAACAUGGAGAUCCAGCUGACUCAGCUGAAGAUCUCCAGGACUCUGAUAGCAGAAGAUUCCCAGCCGGAGAUUGAAAUUUUGCAGCCGGUCAAUCUCCAGUUGUCCGUCCAGAGGAAUUUGGCCGCAGCUUGGUAUCUGCAAAUCCCAGGGAUUGCGGUCAAAGGAGACCUGAAGGCUAUGCAGAUCUCUCUCAGCCAGGACGACUUGACGCUUCUCAUGAAGAUUCUGCUGGAAAAUCUCGGGGAAGCCUCCACGGAUCCGAGGGCCACCCCUUCAGCCUCCUCGGAAGCCCAGAAGUUGAAAAAGAGCAAAGGCGGAAUGGAGGCCGACCACGAAAAAGAUAAUCUCACAACUUCAGGAGAGAAAAACAUUUCCGAAGCCAAGCCCAAGGAAAGCGUCACCCUUCUGUUUGAGUUCAACUUCGAAUCCCUUUCCAUUGUUCUCUUCAAUGCUGCUGUCGACCAGAAAUCUCAGUAUUCGCUUCAUGACAACAGUUUGCGCCUCGGAGAACUCUGUCUGCACCUGAUGACCGCAACGGGGCAAAUGUUCUCCAGCGGCUCUAUGGGUAUCAACACGAAGCUGAAAACUUGUACGUUGGAUGACCUGAGAGAAGGGGUUCAGAGGGCGACCUCGAGAAUGAUUGACAAAAAAGACAGUGGAGAUGACAGCGUCAUGAUGGAUAUCAGCUAUACGCAGGACAAAAGCGGGACGGAAAUUGUCUCUGUCCUGGACAAGCUCUACUUGUGCGCCAGCGUGGAAUUUCUUUUGACAGUGGCGGACUUCUUCGUGAAAGCCAUGCCGGCUGCAUCCUCCCCUUCUGAGAAAUCGGCCCAGUUCCAUCUGAAGCAAGGGAAGCCGAAGCCUGAGAAAGACGAGUCCCAGCGUUCUAACGUGUCUAUGGUGGCACGCAUCACGGACCCCGAGGUCGUCUUUGUGGCCAACCUGACCAAGGCGGACGCACCUGCGCUGUCGGCCUCUUUCCAGUGUGACUUCUCCCUGUCGAGCGGCCCCCUUGCGCAGCGCAUGACAGCCCAAGUACGGGAGCUCCGGGUCCUGGCCUGCCCCUUCCUUCACGGGAAAGGAGAGAAGAGCCUCACCACGGUGGUUCAGCCUUGUUCUCUGACAAUGGAGGCCAUGAUGCACAGUUCGGGGAUGCAGGCGGUGGAUGUGGUGGUCGAAGAAUUCAUUGUCAAGAUUUCCCCCAAAAUCCUCAACACGGUAAUGACCAUCAUGGCUGCCAUGAAGGCCAAGCCGAGGGACGACGAGUCGGGAGGAGCCACCUGCAGCCCGGUCGAUGACCUCUGGAGCGUGAAGCCCGUGGACCGGUGCCAGUACUGGUUCCUGGGGGUGGACAUGGCCACCGAAGCCACCGAAGCCUUCCUGGCAAGCGAAGCCAGCACCAAGCAGGAGAGCUUCCAUGCCCAAGUGCGCUCCAUCCAGGUCACCUUGGAGUGCGGCCUGGGCCACCGCACCGUCCCCUUGCUGCUGGUGGAAUCCACCUUUGCGGGAACGGUGACAAACUGGUCUUCCCUCCUGGCUGCCCAAGGCGACAUGACGCUGGAGGUCCAUUAUUACAAUGAAACCUAUGCCGUUUGGGAGCCCCUUAUUGAACGAACGGAGAAGGAGAAAUCCCAGUGGAAACUAAAGCUAGAAAUGAAGACAAACCCAGAGCAAGACCAAGGAGGGUUGCUUCCUGGAGACGACUUUGUCGUUUUGCCCGAACCGCAGAGCGCCAUUCACAUCUCUUCAAAGGACACCAUGAACAUCACCAUCUCCAAGGCCUCCCUCGCCGUCUUCGACAAUCUCGCCAAGGGCUUCUCGGAAGGUGCGGGCUCCACCUACAACUACACCCUCAAGGACCGGGCCCCCUUCACGCUGAAGAACGCCCUGGGCCUCCCGCUCAAGGUCCACACCUGCCGCAGCCUCCAGGUCAUCGGCUCGGCCACGGGAGAAGACAUCCACGACGUCCGGGUGGGGGAGACCUUGGAGCUGGACUACGCGGCUCUGGAGCCCCAGCACAGGGGCAAGCUCUCGGCCUUCUACCGCCAGGAGAGCUCCCUCUUCACCUUGAGCUUUGGACCGCACGGAUAUACCGAAGUGGCCAAUGUGCCAAUUGCAAAGCCUGGAAGAAGGCUGUACAACGUUCGAGCCCCUGAACGUGACCAUUCGGACUCCGUCGUGGUGCAGAUCGAUGCGGAAGAAGGGAACAAAGUGAUCACGAUACGCUCUCCGCUGCAGAUCAAGAACCACUUUUCCGUUCCAUUCAUCGUUUACAAAUUUGUGAGGGACGGGAGACUGCUGGAGCCGAUUGGCGUCUCUAAGCCGGAAGAGGAAUUCCACGUCCCGUUGGAUUCAUACAGGUGCCAGCUCUUUGUGCAGCCAACGGGGGUCUUAAAGGGCCGGUAUGAACCCUCCCGGACCUUCAUCUCUUGGCGGGAGGAGCUGCACCGGAGCAGCGAGGUCUGCUGCAUGCUGCAGUGCCCGGCCACCGAGGCCAGCUUCCUGCCCCUGGUCGUGAACUCCACCGCCGUCCCCGACGCCCUGAGCUUCAUUGCCACCAAUGGAGAGGACUGGGAUCCGGCCUACAUCCUCCACCUCCACCCCACCCUCACCCUACGGAACCUGCUACCCUAUUCCUUGCGCUAUCUCCUGGAGAGAACGGCAGAAACCCACGAGCUUCCAGAAGGGAGUACCGCCGACGUCCUCCAAGCCACGAUAAGUGGCGAAAUCAUGGAGUUGGUCCUUUCAAAGUACCAGGGGAAAGACUGGAGCGGUCACUUCCGCGUCUCCGACAAUUUGCCCGAGUUCUUCCCGGUGCGCUUCACCUCCGACUCCACUGACACCAUGACGGUGGACAUCUACAUCCACGUGCGACGGGUCGGGAGCCGCAUGGUCCUCUCGGUGUACAGUCCCUACUGGAUCAUCAACAAGACCUCCCGUGUCCUCCAGUACCGAGCGGAGGACGUCCACGUCAAGCACCCAGCCGAUUAUCGGGACAUUGUCUUGUUCUCCUUCAAGAAGAAGAACAUUUUCAGCAAGAACAAAAUCCAGUUAAGCAUCUCGACCAGCACCUGGUCUAACAGUUUCUCUCUGGAUACCGUCGGAAGUUACGGAUGCGUGAAAUGCCCAGCCAACUCCAUGGAUUUUCUGGUCGGUGUGAGCAUCAAGAUGAGCAGCUUCAACCUGACCCGGAUUGUCACCUUGACCCCAUUCUACACCAUUGCCAACAAGUCCUCCUUGGAGCUGGAAGUGGGCGAAAUGGGAGCAGAUGGCUCGAUGCCUACAAACAAGUGGAGCUACUUUUCAUCUUCAGAGUGCCUGCCAUUUUGGCCAGAAAACCUAUCUGGCAAGCUCUGCCUUCGGGUUGUCGGCUGCGACCGUGUUUCCAGAACCUUCUUCUACAACCGACAGGAUAAUGGGACUUUGCUCAGCUUGGAAGAACUGAAUACAGGUAUUCUAGUCGAUGUGAAUGUCUCUGAGCACUCCAUCGUCAUCACCUUCUCCGACUACCACGAGGGAGCUGCGCCGGCCUUGAUCAUCAACCACACGCCGUGGGUUGCACUGAAAUACAAGCAGAGCGGCUCCCAAGAAGAAGUGGAGCUCAAGCCGAGGGAGGUGCGGCUGUUUGCCUGGGCAGACCCCACCGGAGUCAGAAAACUAAGCUGGGCCUAUGCACAGAACUUUGGGGAAGACGACCUCCUGAAGGACAACUGCGGGCAGUUCCCCUACAACUCCAACACGCAGAUCCAUUGGGUCUCCUUCUUGGAUGGGCGGCAGCGGGUGCUGCUCUUCACGGAGGACGUGGCGCUCGUGUCCAAGGCCCGGCAGGCGGAGGAGCUGGAGCAGCCCGAGCAGGAGGUCAGCUUGGCCCUCCACAGCCUGGGCCUCUCCCUGGUCAACAACCAGAACAAGCAGGAGAUCUCCUACAUCGGAAUCACCAGUUCAGGCAUCGUUUGGGAAUGGAAACCAAAGCAGCGAUGGAAGCCAUUUAACCAAAAGCAGAUCGGCCUCCUGGAGCAAGCCUAUCAGAGGCACCUUUCUGGAGGAGGGACUGAGGGCUGGGUGAGGAUCGAGGGUAGUUUCGAGGUCAAUUUCAACAAGACGCCGAUGGAGAUGCGCCUCCCGCUCAAGUGCAGCAUCAAGCGAGACUUUUUGUCCGGGAUCCAGAUUGAGUUCAAGCAGUCGCGCCACCAGAAGAGCUUGCGGGCCCAACUCUACUGGCUCCAGGUGGACAACCAGCUGCCCGGCUCCAUGUUUCCUGUUGUGUUUCACCCCGUAGCCCCUCCCAAAUCGGUUGCGAUGGAUUCAGAACCAAAGCCUUUCGUUGACGUCAGUGUCAUCAUUCGCUUUAACGAAUACAGCAAAGUGAUGCAGUUCAAGUACUUCAUGGUCCUCAUCCAGGAGAUGGCUUUGAAAAUAGACCAGGGAUUUCUAGGAGCCAUUAUGGGACUUUUCACUCCAUCGACAGACCCAGAAGCUGACAAACAAAGGAUGAAGCUGAUUCAGAAGGAUGUUGACGCUCUGAACACGCAGCUGAUGGAGUCUUCCUUGACGGACAUUUCCCCGCUGAGCUUCUUCGAGCACUUCCACAUUUCACCACUGAAGCUGCACUUGAGUCUCUCCCUGGGUGCUGGAGGGGAGGCCUCAGACCAGGGCAAAGGGGAAAUGAUCGCCAUUCACUCGGUGAACCUUCUCCUGAAGAGCAUCGGCGCCACGCUGACUGACGUGGACGACCUCAUAUUCAAGCUCGCCUUCUUCGAAAUCAGGUACCAGUUUUACAAAAGAGACGAGUUGAUGUGGAGAGUCAUUGGACAUUACAGAGACCAAUUCCUGAAGCAAAUGUAUGUCCUGGUGCUGGGCCUGGACGUCCUGGGAAACCCCUUUGGCUUGAUCCGAGGCCUCUCCGAGGGAGUGGAAGCCUUCUUCUAUGAGCCUUUCCAGGGAGCUGUUCAAGGCCCCGAAGAGUUUGCUGAAGGUUUUGUAAUCGGUGUAAGGAGUCUGUUGGGACACACCGUUGGUGGGGCGGCCGGCGUGGUCUCCCGCAUCACCGGCUCUGUCGGGAAGGGCUUGGCGGCCAUCACGAUGGACAAGGAGUACCAGCAGAAGAGAAGGGAGGAGAUGGGCCGCCAGCCCAAAGACUUCGGGGACAGCCUGGCUAAAGGAGGGAAAGGCCUGCUGCGGGGGGUUGUCGGCGGAGUGACGGGAAUAAUCACGAAGCCCGUUGAAGGUGCCAAGAAGGAAGGGGCGACCGGCUUCUUCACAGGCAUCGGCAAGGGACUUGUCGGGGUUGUGGCCCGUCCCGUGGGGGGUAUCGUGGACAUGGCCAGCAGCACCUUCCAAGGCAUCCAGCGGGUGGCCGAGUCGACAGAGGAAGUGUCCAAGCUGCGGCCGCCGCGCUUGAUUUGCGAAGACGGCAUCAUCCGGCCGUACGACAGGGCCGAAGCCGAGGGAUACGACUUAUUUGAGAACUCUCACAUCAAGAAAUUGGCAGGAGAGAGCUUCUGCUUCCACUGCACAGCUCCGGGAGGAAGGAAGGCCAACGUUGUCGUCACCAACAGGAGAGUGAUGCUCAUCAAGGAGGUGGAGAUCCUGGGACACAUCACCACCGACUGGGAUUAUUCGUACGAAGAUUUCACGCGCCCGCCGGCCGUGACCAACAACGUCCUGCACGUCUAUGUGAAGGAUCAAGGGCUGUUUCAGAAAAGAGAAAGUUCCAGACAAGAGUCAGUGAAGAACAUUAAAUUUGCCGACGCUGCUUCUGCAAAGAGAGUUUGCCAAGCCAUUGACGAAGCGCAAGCGUCGAGGCAUCAGCAGAAGUUGGUGAAGCAGGCUUCUCUCCGGUUAAGCCGAUCGUAACCAAAACCUUUCAUUUAAAGGGCCUUCUGGGAAUUGGUUUGCUGGAAAACGUGUGUAGACACACUAUGGUGGGGUUCGUCUUCACUUUUCCUCCCUCCAAGACCAAACCUCACUGCAAUAUCAAUUUUUUAACCACAUUUCAAUAUUGUUUGUGCACAUAAUGUCUACCGCAAAGGUUUAGAAGGACGUGUCGCCAUUCCUUCUGCUUUAAUGUUCCGUCCUGCUGCAAACUGACCAAAAUAGUAAGUAAAUGAAGGAAACCGUCCACUUCUCAAAUCAACUGGAUGACGAUCAUUUUUCCGUCCGAGCAUUCGAUACGUUGCUGGAGAGUUCAGUUUACAAAGCUCUGCAUCCGCACUAGGAAGAUACCUUACUUCCAUCUAGCAAUAAAUAGUCGGCAUGUGCAAUUCUAAAGUACUUACAAAACUAAAGUUCUGGUGGUGAAAACUAGGGGGCGCUGGUGCUUUGCUUCUACAGUGUUGCGAAAGUUCUGGUGGUGAAAAUUUCAGAACUCUAACAAAACUUUCAAAAUUUCAUUAUUAUUUCAUUAUUGGUGAUUUUAAUGACAGAACCUAUUAGGAACUGCCAUUUAUAAUGAAAUUGUGAAAGUGCUGAAGACUAUUUAUUAGGCAUGUGCAAUCCAUGAUUCUCAAGUACUUGCAAAACUAAAGUUCUGGUUUUGAAAACUAGGGGGCACUGGUGCUUUGCUUCUACAGUGUUACGAAAGUUCUGGUGGUGAAAAUUUUGUAACUCUAACAAAACUUUCAAAAUUUCAUUAUAAAUGGCAGUUCGUAAUUGGUUCUGUCAUAAAAAUCACCAAUAAUGAAAUUUUGAAAGUUUUGUUAUGAGUUCUGAAAUUUUCACCACCAGAACAUUAGCAACACUGUUUUCAAAACCAGAAUUUUAGUUUUGUAAGUACUUUAGUACUGUAAGUACAUGCCUAAUAAAUAGUCUUCAGCACUUUCAAAAUUUCAUUAUAAAUGGCAGUUCCUAAUAGGUUCUGUCCUAAAAAUCACCAAUAAUGAAAUUUUGAAAGUUUUGUUAGAGUUCCGAAAUUUUCACCACCAGAACAUUAGCAACACUGUAGAAGCAAAGCACCAGCGCCCCCUAGUUUUCACCACCAGAACUUUAGUUUUGUAAGUACUUUAGAACCAUGAUUUGCACAUGCCUAAUAAAUAGUCUUCAGCACUUUCAAAUUUUCAUUAUAAAUGGCAGUUCCUAAUAGGUUCUGUCAUUAAAAUCAACAAUAAUGAAGUAAUAAUUACAUUUUGAAAGUUUUGUUAGAGUUCUGAAAUUUUCACCACCAGAACUUUAGCAACACUGUAGAAGCACCAGCGCCGCCUAGUUUUCAAAACCAGAACUUUAGUUUUGCAGGUACUUUAUUAUUUCAUUAUUGGUAAUUUUUAUGACAAAACCUAUUAGGAACUGCUGUUUAUAAUGAAAAUUUGAAAGUUGUGUUAGAGUUCUGAAAUUUUCACCACCAGAACACUGUAGAAGCAAAGCACCAGCGCUGCCUAGUUUUCAAAACCAGAACGUUAGUUUUGCAAGUACUUUAGAACCAUGAUUUGCACAUGCCUAAAAAAUAGUCUUCAGCACUGUUAGUUUUGAAUAUCUUUCUGUCUAUAGAAAUGUAAAGAGGUACAUUUGGUUUAAUCUUUGGAAAGGGAUCACUGUUUAGGUGGAAGCGAUUGGCACAGAAUUGCUAAUCAAUCACAAAGUGAAGUGCACACACCUGUCAAUGAAUUAUUCGUUUGCAGGGCAGAAUGUAUUUUGCACAGCGAGAAAAAUGUACGUUAAUUAAUGCAAUCAUUCAAAUGCUGUAUUUUGCAAUGGAAGGGAUCUCACCUGAAAAUUCAGUAUUUCCUCAAUCUGGGUGUUUGGUUUGUCUGUAACUUUUUUUUUGGCCUUUCCUUUGCACAUGCCUUGCUUCUCCUUCGUGGUCUCUGUGAAUUGCACAUAUGGUAUUCCGAUGCACUUUUGCAGCAAAAUAUGUUUGGAUCUCACAGAUGACCACUCGAAAAAACAUGGUUACAGGUAAGCCACCCUUCUUUCCUGUGGCACUUUUCUCCUUCCCUUGUCCCUCCAUUUCACUGAGGUUUGGACCAACAAAGAUCCCAACGAUUGGAGGUGGAACGCAAAGAGGCUAUUUGUUCCAUCCCCACCCCCCAGACGAGGAAACAGAUUAGGGAAUUUCUGGGGGUGGCGGGGUUUUGACGCAUAUGGGUGCCGAAUUUCGGACUAUAUGCCAAACCCCUUCAUGAGGCUACGAAAGGAAAGUCAGGAGACCCCUUGGUGUGGGGCCCAGAGCAACAGAGUGCGUUUCAAGACCUGAAGAAAGCUCUGAUGUCCGCCCCCACGUGGGGGCUGCCAGAUUUGGAAAAGACCUUUUACUUGUGUAGGAGAAAGGAAGGGAGUGGCAGUUGGAGUGUUGACUCAACUUAUUGGGAGCUGGCCUUAACCGGUGGCGUAUUUGUCAAAACAGCUGGACAACGUGGCUUGUGGAUGGCCUCUAUGCUUAAGGGCUGUGGCAGCAGCUGCAGUCCUGGUGGAAGAAGCAAAUAAAUUGACCCUGGGACAACCCAUUGUCCUAAAGUGUCCCCAUGCAGUAGUAACUUUGAUGGAGCAUAGGGGGCACCAUUGGCUCACAAAUAGCCGAAUGUUAAAGUAUGAAAGCAUGUUGGUAGAUAAUCCUCACGGGUAUAAUUCAGAGUAAUAUAUUUAUCAAUCAGGGCUUUAAUAAAAAAAAUUCAGGUGUGUACCUGUUUCAUGUGUGCGUCGCAUGCUGGUCUGAGUCCGUAUGCAGAAUAUAGAAAAAUAAUUUUAAAAUGCACAGAAUCCUCAGUGGGCUCCUUGGGCCUUUUUGUCCCCAAAGUAACUUUUCUAUGCUUUUGUCCAUCGCAAUUCAGAGAGCCCAAAGUCUGGGUGUGAUUUUUUUUGGUGUGAUUUUGUUCAUUCUGCUGUCCUUCAAACAACGAAGAAGCCACGAUAAUGAUGCCGUCCAAUGGCCUUUGCACUUUGAGACACAGAAAAUGUACUUUUGCUGGUGUUUACUUCUGCUCUUGUAUAUAUAAAACUGCCAAAUAAAAGAUUUGAUAUCCUUC